AUGAGGUUCACAAAGCCCGCAUGGGUAAUGCACAAAGACACCUCCAUGCGAGGCGACCAAGAGAAACGCGUAUCUGUAUUCUCUGUACAUGUCCACCCGGAUGGCUCUCGGAUAGCAACAGGCGGUCUCGACGCAAAGGUCCGGGUCUGGAGUACGAAGCCGAUCCUCAACCAUGCAUCUGAGCUCUCUGGGCGACCACCGAAAUCACUCUGCACUCUAAUGAUGCACACCGGACCUGUUCUUGUCGUGAGAUGGGCGCACUCAGGCAGAUGGCUAGCGAGCGGGAGCGACGACCAGAUUGUGAUGAUUUGGGACCUCGACCCAACAGCGAAGGGGAAAGUAUGGGGCUCAGAUGAAGUAAACGUUGAGGGAUGGAAACCCUUAAAGAGGUUGCCUGGCCAUGAGAGUGAUGUUACGGAUAUUGCAUGGUCUCCAGGUGACCGGUACCUUGCCACUGUGGGACUCGACUCGCAGGUCCUGAUCUGGUGUGGUUACACUCUGGAGCGCCUGAUGAGAAUAGACCAGCAUCAAGGGUUCGUCAAGGGAGUCUGUUGGGAUCCCGUAGGCGAGUUCCUUGCGACUGGAUCGGACGAUAGGUCUGUCAGGAUCUGGAGAACAACGGAUUGGAGCUUGGAAGCUGAGGUCAGGAAGCCGUUUGACCACUCUCCGGGAACAUUCUUUCGACGACUAAGCUGGUCUCCAGAUGGCGCCCAUAUUACCGCGUCCAACGCAACCAAUAACGACGGUUACGUGUUUAUAGCAGCUGUUAUCGCACGAAAUACUUGGACCUCAGAGAUUAGUCUCGUGGGUCACGAGAACACGGUGGAAGUCGCUGCAUAUAACCCGCACAUAUUUCUCCGAGAUCCGUCGUCGCCUGUAGUAGCAUCCAACAUCUGUUCCGUAGUUGCACUAGGUGCAGAUGACCGCGCGGUGUCUGUAUGGCAGACCAAAUCUGCACGGCCACUCAUUGUUGCCAAAGAGGUGUUUGAGAGGCAAAUCAUGGACCUGAGUUGGUCUCAAGACGGCCUCACGCUAUACGCAGUCUCUUCUGAUGGCACUAUGGCGGUCUUCAGCUUCGACCAAGACGAGCUUGAAGGCAUCGCUCCCAGGUCUGCACAGGAGCAGUACCUCAAGAAGUUUGGAUUUUCACCGCCCCCAUUACCUGAAGGCUUUUCUCAUCAGAACCCUGUCGUAGUCGACAACUCCCGCCAACCGUCUGCUGGUCGCAUGACCCCUCCACCAUCUCCAGGACGUGCUGUGUCCGAGCCUCGACCUGCGCAGACACAGACCGGUUUUGGUGCCUCUGUCAAUGGAUCUGGUAGUGGCGAACAUGUGAACCAACUGGUUGCCAAACGGAAGAAGGAUAAGAAGCGCAUCCAGCCCAACUUCAUGGGCUCCCUUGGCAGCUCGAUACCGUCUGCGGCAAACGGCACCAGCAGUAUGGCAGGCCCUAGCACCUCCGCGCCAUUAAGCGCCGCGGGUGGCGUGGGCAUAUCAACGACACGUUCCAUUGGCGAGGCUUCGACUUCUGCGGCAGUCCAUCGUCCCCCUGCCCCGCAUUCCAGCGCACCGCAGCUGGGUGGUCCCUCCCAACCGUUUAGUGUCGACAUAGCCGAUCUCACCGAUGGAAGCAGAGACAGGCCCCCGGAGCGCGACGAGGAUGUGGAAAUGUUCCUAGCGGAUAACACCGACGUACGAAUCAGCUCGUUGGACACCAGCAUGCAGACGGGACGCAAGCGCAAGACGAUCGAUGGCACCGAUGACCGCGUGCUCAGCCGACCACGAACACUGGGCGGCGACCGCGUGCGCGAUGCUGUGCCUGUGCGGGAGAUUGCGGGCGGGAAUGCGGGCUUCGGCACUGCACAGAGCACUCUGGGCCUAUGGAACGACCCGUCCAGUUUCUCUGGCAGGCUCGAUGUGCCGUCAGUGCUAACUUACGUGAAGGCGACGGUCGAAGGGACAGAAGAUAUCUUCGAGGGUCGCAAUUCUGAAGGCGAUGGUCCAACCGAGGUUCUAUUUGUCAGCGGAAAACAGACACAAUGGCUCGAUUAUCUACCAUCACCUAUAUUAGCGCUCACAGCCACCACUGUCUUCUGCGCAGUUGCGACGCAGGAUGGCUCUGUCAAUGUGUACUCGCACACCGGAAGAAGAUUGAUGCCUACACUUGCUAUUGGCUCGGCCUGCUCAUCUUUGAGUGGGUCCAAGAAUUUCCUUAUGCUCCUAACAUCUAUUGGCAUACUCCACGUUUGGAAUGCCAAGAAGCAAGUCGCCGUAUUCCCACCAACAUCUGUAUUGCCUAUCCUUGGCUCAUCGCCAAAUACAACGUUGGUAUCUGCGACUGUUCGGUCUAAUGGUGCCCCCGUGCUUCAGCUAUCAACUGGAGUAUCCUUCUCGUGGGAUGCGGCUCUCUCCUCCUGGAUUAAGCUCAGCGAUCCGUGGUGGGCAGAAGGAUCUGACGCAUGGCAAGGUCGUCAACGAUCUAAUAACUCAACCGCCGCCCGCGGAGUUGUCAGUACUCUGGAAAGUAACACUAGUGAACGCGUCUCGAUUGAUGGCACGACGAAAGCCGACCAACCACGGCCGGCAUGGUGGAAUACAGCGCUGACACUAGGUCAUCUUGAGACGAAGCUACACGCUGCAAAGACACUCGACAGCCCGCAAGAAUACAAGCAAGCUCUACUUCUCUACGCAAAACGGAUCGCCGAUGAAGGGUUUAGAGGGAAGGCAGAGGAGCUCGUCAAAGAGUUAUAUGGCCCAGUCUACUGGCGACCCAGUCGCGAUGAUUCAUGGUCACCUACACUACUAGGCAUGUCAAAGCGGGAAUUGUUGAGGGACGUGCUCGCUAUCUUCGGUCUGUUUUGCUCGUCCCCCAUCACUCCCGUAGACUGAGCGCCUUUCGUUGCAGCUCGAAGUAAAACGCUCACCAAGUUAGCCAUGGACUGGCAAGACAUGCUGAAAAAAGCUCUAGUGGAAGAAUGAUCUCUUGAGUGACAAUGACCUGCGUCGUACUGCCAUCUUCUCCAGCUUUUCGAAUCGGCAUUCAGAGGGUGCUGUCAAUUCCGAUUGUGAAAGUUACGCAGGUAUUGUUUUUCGCACCGCUAGUUUUUGCGCACGUUCAUUUGUCGUGAAUGAGCGGACAACUGUCUUACCGGGCACGGCGCGGAAACAUUACUACGUGCGUUUGUCGACAAGAUACGUACGUUGAGUCUGUAAGGUCUUAUGCGCGACGAGACACUGUUCCACUUUUACACUUCGCUCAUGAAUAAAGAUGCUACACUUG